GGACAGGGAGAAGCUCGAGAGCGGUGAGUGGAUCCCGUUUGGCGCAAGCGAUACCUCCGAGAGAGGUUGGGCUGGGUUGUUUCUAACCAUUGACCGCGAGGCAUGGCUUAGUGACGACAAAGACAUCAAGUUGACUGAUGUAAUUAGAAUCCACGAUCUCCGUCAGAAGCCACUUGCGAAAGAGUUCCAGGAAAAGCAGAGCACGACUCUAGAAGCUUGCGGCGUAGUUGGAUACUAUCAGAACAUAGACUGCAAGUAUAGCAUCUACCCGCGCUACUUUCUACAGGACAGCUCAAAUGUGAUUGACGUCGAAUUUGAGCAGCACCGUUGCAGCGAGAAAGCAGCUAACACGUUGCUGCAGUUCGUGUUUAGAUUCUUUAGUCAGCCGGGGCUCAAGCGUCUCCACGCAAACGAGUCCUUUGUUCCUGACAUGGAGUCGCGGCUGCAUAGGAACCUUGUCUGUGCGCGUACGCACACACAGAAACGCCUCUGCAAGCCCAAGGAAGUGUGGAAGGAACUUUUUCCGCAUCUUGACUUCCCCGAAUCUCCUGCGGCAUCGCCACAAGGUGAGGCAAGGGCCCUCAUCACCGAGGAAGAGAAGCGACGCUUUGAAGAAGCGGGAGAGAAGUUGUUGGUCCAGCGUCAGCCCCAUCGACAGGCAGGCAUGUCUUCUGUAAGCAUAGACGCAGCGGAUGUUAGCGCAUCUUCCCCGUCUGAGUCAGUCCCAGGUAGCGACGGCAGCGAGGAAGAGCAUGACGUCGACGAGUUUGAAGACAGACCAGUCUUCGACGCUUUGACAGAAGAGUGGCCAUCUGCUCCCCUAUGGGAAUGGAUGCAACUCGAGGCUGGAACCAACGACAAGGAGCAACAGACUGACACCAGCACAGG